CAGAGAACAACAACAACACUGAGGAAGAAAUGACCGAGGAAGAAAAAUGGAGUAAUAAACAAAUGAAGUGACGUGCUGAAUGACGGAUGAGAGCAGAUAUAAUAAUCACAUAGUUUGAAGCUGCAGACAGAAACAUCAGACUCAGGACAGAAACACACAACCUCUAAAAAAUGGAGCAAACUCUAUAUUUCAUUCUUCUUCUCGUUGCUCUCUGCUCCGUAUCUGAAUGUGUUCAGCGUCAGUAUCACUUUAUAAAUGAGAAGAAGACCUGGACUGAAGCUCAGAGAUACUGCAGAGAGAAAUACACAGAUCUGGCCACCGCUGACAACAUGAACGACAUGAACGAGUUGAAGAAGAGUGUGAAUGGUGGAGGUUUUCAGUUUGUCUGGAUUGGGCUGCAGAAGACGGGUCGUGAUGAAUGGCAGUGGUCUUCAGGUGAACCUGCGCUCUAUCUGAACUGGGGAGAUAAACAACCAGAAGGAAGAGAUGAUUGUGCUAUGCUUUUUAAUGGAAAAUGGCAUGAUUUUCCAUGUAAUGCUAAGAGGCAUUUUAUCUGCAACAACACGAACACAGGACUCGUCUUUAUCGAUCAGACGAUGACUUGGAGAGAUGCUCAGAGUUACUGCAGACAGAAUCACAUUGAUCUGGUCAGUGUGAGAAACCAGAAUGAGAAUGAGAAGGUUAAGAAGAUCAUUAAUGAUAAUCACUCAUCUGGAUCAUUUGUCUGGUUCGGUCUCUUCAGAGUCAGAGACUCAUGGCAGUGGUCAGAUCAGAGUAACUCUUCAUUCAGAUACUGGAAAUCUGGUCAACCUGAUAAAUAUGGACAGGGUGAAGACUGUACAGCUGUUGAACUGAAAGCUCAGGGACGAUGGCAUGACGUCUCUUGCACUGACCACCAGUUUCCUUUUGUGUGUCAUGAAGAUAAACUGAUUGUGAUCAGAGAGAAUCUGACGUGGUCUGAAGCUCUGAGAUACUGCAGACAGAAUCAUGUGGAUCUGGUCUCGGUUCAUUCACAAGAGAUUCAGCGUGAGGUGAUGAACGUGGUUAAACUGGCGUCUACUGCGGAGGUGUGGUUGGGUUUACGUUACUCUCACAUUUUGGGCGUCUGGUACUGGGUGAGUGGAGAGACGGUGUGCUAUCAGAACUGGGCUCCAGGGAACGGUACAUCAGAGGAGGACUGUGAACACACAGUGAGAUCUGGAGCAGUUCAGUCUGGAGGAGAUCAUCAGCGCUGGAUCAGCCGUCCUGAAACUGACAAACUCAACUUCAUCUGUAGCAGAUAUUAAGAGCAUAGGCGUCACUAGGCCAUUUUCAGGGGAGCUAUAGACCCCCUAAAAUGACCACGCAGCCCCCCUAAAAUUUUGAGAUUACAUAAACUGUACACAAAUUUGUGAUCACCCCGGUCCCCUUAAAAUUUCAUAUGAAAACAGAGGCAGACUUCGAUCGGCUCCUCCACGUCUUUCAGCGCGUUCUUCAAUACAGACCUCAGCGGAACAGAGCGAGAAACAGAGGACAAGGUGUGUGUUUAUCAAUAGAUUGUUAUAAAAUCAUAUGUGCAGUUCUUUGUCAUAAAUACAGUUUACAAAAUAUCAUGGGGGAGCAAUCGGUUCCAAAUGUAUUUCAGUGCGUUCACCCCUUGUGUGUGUGUGUGUGUGUGUGUGUGUGUACCCUCAUUGGGGGCUGAGCCCCCCUAAAAUGAAAAACCUGGAAUCACCCCUGAUUAAGAGUGAAAGGAUACACAGAGUUUUCAUGUAAGAAAACAAGUGCUUGUGUGUUCACUUCCUUUAACUUCAUUUUUAUUCAUCACUUUGUAAAGUAAUCAUUUUACACACAGUAAUUUCAGUAGAAACUUUAGGGAUAAAAAGGUAGAAAUCUUUUGUUCAGAUGUUUGUUAAUUUAGUUUAAAUAUAUUCUGCAGUAAACUGUUAUUGAGCUGUAAAUUGUCUGAUUUGUUCUGUUGAGGGUCUGUUUUUCUCCAGGUAGAUGGAUUUCUGUUGAUGCAUCAGUGUGAUUUGUGUGGGUUUGUUUGCUCCAUGUACAGAGCCCCAUAAUCACUGUAAAUGCAUGCUUUGUGUUUACAAACUGUUAUUUACUAAUUUCAGAAUUAUGAAAUGUUAAUCUGUUAAUUGAAUUUUGUGAGGGGUCAAGGGGCAUCAUAUGUACUCAUCAUUAGAUAUACAUUUAUACUGUUUUCCGUCUAUUUUAUCAUGAAAAAUUAUAAAUUAAGAGUGUGGGUUUUUUUGUGAUUCAAGGACCUCUUUAUGUUGCUGUGGCUACUUCUUUCUUUUAUAUUGAGUUUCAUGUAUUAAUCGUGUCUUUAGAUUAGAAAUGACUGGUUGAAUGUGAAUCAGUGAGCAUCAA